AUGCUUCGUAAAGUGGUCGUUGGUUCGGGACUAGUUGUCUUGAUACCUUCUGUGAAUGCUGCAUCUCCUAUUCAGGAGGCUAAAGAGCCCCAACGGCCACCACCAAUGAAACCAUCAGAGCUGCCAAUAUAUGAUGCACCCCAUGCCGAAUAUGGAGACCUUGUAGAAAGCAAAUCCAAGGACAAUAAAAGAAGUUAUUUGAGAUCUAUCUUACAGCCUCCUGUAACUGCAAUUAGGGAGACCUUUGAGACUGGUGUAGCUCACACUUCAUCUCUUAAACAUAGAAUUGAGGACAGUUAUCAUGAAACCAUGGAUAAAACAGAUUGGAUAGUGCAGUAUCUGCGAGAAGAGGAAAACAAACAGGCCAGAUAUGGGGCUGUUGCUAUGGGAGGACUUACUGGAUUCAUAUUUGGCCUGAGGGGUGGCUUUAUUAAAAGAGUAUUCUAUGCCACUCUUGGCACAACAGCCAUGGGUUAUGUUUGCUUCCCUGAAGAAACAAAGCAAAUAAUGAACGAAAAUGGAACUCUAGCAAAACAGUAUAUUAAUAUUGCCUACAACUUCUUAUAUGGAGUUAAACCAGGAGAUCCACAAUUGGAGGUGAAGUUACCUGAACUGUCCUUCCCCAAGGACUUUUCAGAGUUGGUUGAUGUGGCUGUUUCUCUUGCAUCUACUGUAAAGCAGGCUGUUAUGCCACCACCAGCUAAAGAUUCAGAGAUGAUUUUUUCAGAGAAAAAGGAAUAG